GGUCUCCCGUAGUGUUUUGGUAUGCUGUAUCUCACUCGCGUCGAGGAAGAAGCCGAAAAAAUGAGAUUUCGACGGGAUUUGUGAGAACACCCUCGAUUUCUAGGCAGGAAAUACGGAAAAAUCAGGGAAUUAAAAAUAAAGCAAGAUGAGGCUGGCAGGGAUUUUUUGGUUUUUGCUGAUCUUUAAGAGUACAAUUGCUAGCUUUGAUGCAUUCGGUGACACCUUGGAUCUUGCUGACAAUGGCAAGUCCCGAAGGUCGAAAAAUGGAGUUUCCCUUGGACAAGAUUUCUGCCAAAUAAAAAUUAACACCACGUGCGAAAACAUAAACAACACUUGGGUCAGUGAUGGAAGUCCACCUCUGAAACUCAAGUGCUUUGGAAAUGAUCUGCCGUACACAUCUGUUAGCCUUGACCUCUUGCCAAAUGUGCACAGUUUGACUGGAAUGCUGGAAAUCGUCGAGUCUCUGGAAAUUUUACACAAGAUUCCAAAAUGCUGGGCAGUGGUGCAACCACUCAUUUGUGCCUUUCACCUGCCACAAUGUGUCAACGACUCUGUGGUUUAUCUUCCUUCACAAACCUUGUGCCGAUCAGCUCUAAGCCAGUGCAAGUUGUUGGGAAAUGAUUCCAGUGGCUUUCCUGAAUUCCUGCGUUGCAGCAACACCACACUCUUUCCACACGACUGCAAGGAUUCUUUUCAGGAGAUGAAGUUCAACACAAGCUCAGCCUGUCCUUACCCACUUGUGCGCGAGGUGCCACCGUCGGGGAUCAUGUUCACUGACCCCAAGAGACACUAUCCUAGACUUGAAGGUUGCAACUUACCCUGUGAAACCCCAUUGUAUUCUAAGGAAGAAUUGGACCAGCUGCGCAAGCUCAUUGCCUGGGGUGGUUGCAUUGCACUUGCCCUUAAUUCCGUUGCUGUGUUCACCUUUUUGAUUGAUUGGGGAUCGUCUGAGCGCUACCCAGCUUUGAUCGUGUAUUACUUGAAUCUGUGCUGCGUGUUCUCCAACCUUGGUUGGCUUAUGCAAUUCCUGCCUGGAAAUAGAUCUGAUAUUCUCUGCAGGAAGGAUGGAACAGCUAGAGGAUUUGAACCCAGCAUGGGCGAAAACCUAUCAUGCAUCGUUGUGUUUAUUAUCGUGUACUACUUCAUGAUAGCCGCAUUAGUUUGGAUCAUGGUGUUUUCUUAUGCGUGGUAUAAGAGUUUUAAAUGUGCUGGCUUGAAAAAAGACGAAACCGACGACCAAAGUUCUUACUUCCACUUGGCAGCUUGGAUAUGCCCACUGAUCCUGACAAUCAUCGCAUGUGCUCUAGGAGAAGUGCAUCCGGACAGCACAUCCGGGAUAUGCUUCAUUGGCACUGCCGGUGGCAACCUCUGGGGUGCUGGAAUUGGGAGCAUUAUAGCCAGAUGGGUGCUGCUGAUCGUCCCAAUUUUAAUAUGUACUAUCUUUUGUGGAAUUUUUCUGAUCAAAUGUCUGCGCAUUUUGUUGAAAAUAAAAAGCAACUCAAGAGGGCAAGUUUCUCGCAGAGCUUUUCAGCAGAUCCAAAACAUGGUUUUUCGUCUGACGAUCUUUAUGAUCAUUGCAGCAUUUCUUGUGAUUUUCACCCUCUGGGUUCACUUGUAUGAAUACAAGCAUGCCGACAGCUGGCAUUCGGCUCUUGAUGAAGCUAUCAUGUGCCAAGCCUUGGGAAAGAGCUCGUCAUGCCAACUGAAAUCGCAACCCAGCUUAUUAAUGGCUCAACUUUAUAUUAUCUUGCCUUUCGUGUUCUCUACUCUGGCUGCGUCGUGGAUGUUCAACAAGCAAACCAAAGAAACUUGGAAAAGAUUUAUUUACAAGAAACUUCCCUGCUGCAUGUCCCAAUAUUAUGCCGAUCCUAGCGCCAUGCACAUGAUGGAAAAACAGAGAAUUGGUGCCAUCCAAGAAAGACAGACCAGAGACAUCAAUGUGCCGAAGCAUAAGGUCAUAGCCAAAGCAUAUGCUAAAAGGGGCAUGCUGAAGAACGAAGGGCGCUUGUCCUUCAGCUACCGCAGUUCUCAUGGAGAUCCAGUUGGAAUGGAUUUUGACAUGGAUUCUCAACCGUCUUCUAAAGGAUUCAACUCAUCGUGGGCCAACAAGUUGCCAAGGCUGUUAAAACGGAGAGGAGCAUUUCCCAAAUUUGACUCUGCUUCUGAUGGUGGCAGAGAUUCGAUUGAGUCGGAUGUUGGGAUGAGUUUUAGAAAGGUUUCGCUUGAGUCAAGAAGAAAUUCAUUUGACUCGCAAGUCUCAAUAACAAUAUCUGAAGUUGUCGCAACAUCUAGGCACCAGACAAGAGGCCGUAGAUCUCGACAAAAGCAAAUGAGCCACAGUGUGAAGAAUCAUAGGCGGUCGCGACACCGAAAUUACGACAAGCGCAGCAAAUGGGGGUCUCGGUCAAGUCAUGUUGACCAAGUAUCACAAAUGGAAUUUCACGCUUCUCAAAUCGAAUCUUCUCGACACUGCAGUGUCAGCUCGAUGGACAGUCAAAAUACCUUUGGCUUCAGCAAUUUUAUGCAAGGUAUUCCAUUGCCUGGACCUCUCCCUCUCGCUGUAGAGAACUACAAGACUAAACCUGCUCGCAAACUAAGCCAGCGACGUGCAGCUCUUACCGAUGUUCCUAGCUCUUCAAUGGUGGCUAAACUCACAAGGCAGAUGGACAGCGAUAUCUCUGAUGAGGAAUCCAACAGCGGAAAUUUAGAAGAUGUGGAGAUGGUAGCAAUUCCUGGGCCAUCAAAUCAAGGUCCAACCAUCAUUGAGAUUGAGGAUAAUCACCCUCUGAAUGGCAGAGUUAGCAGCCACGAUUCGUCUGAUCAAUCUUCAUCAUCAUCAUCAUCAGUGGGCAAGAAUAUUUCGAAAAGAAGCCAGAAUGGCUCCUCUCGAAGCCUGAAGAAGUGCGUAAAUUCUAAACCCCGCAAUUCGCCCAAGAAGGAGGAAUCUGAUAUGUCAUCAAGCUCGGACGAAGAAGCUCCAUUCCUCACCAUUGCACAGGUGAAUGCUAGCAUGGGUUCUAAAGAGUCGAGGCAAUCAGAUAAGGAGACCAAAGAUAUUGGUGUUCAGGUCUCUUUUGUGAAAAAGAAAUCAACUUGCAAGAAGCUGAAAUGUCUGACCAAAAGUUUGUACACUCAAACGCAAACCGCUAAAAACACUCAAAACAGCAGAAGCAAAAGUGCUGGUGUAUAUUGACAAUAAUAUAUUUCUCACCGUGCUCCACACUGAAAAGUGUCGUUCUCAAUGAUCUCGCAAAAUGUAAUCUGUAUAGCAAUGUUAGUGCUAAUUAAUCUGUACUGUGCAAUGUUGAAUUGUGGACAGUAAUUGUACUACAUAAAUAUUCAAGUUGGAAGUGGUAAAAAGUGCACAAAUCACUUCAUAAUGACAGAAGUUUUGGUAGCAACUGCACGCGAAUUUGAUGGACUUCAAAUGACGCAAUGACUUGACAUUUCUGUACAAAUCUUGCAUGGAUGUUAUUUCCUUUUUGUACUUGAUGAUCUUCCGAGCCUCAUAAGUAAUUUUGUGGCCUUGAAUAUAUUUAAAAUUGGGGUCAAUGAGCAGCGUAAUUUUGAGGCUUGAGGCAGCGACUGGCUGCCUGGCUGAAGCCAAAUUUUUGACUGGCGGCAGCUGAGCAUUAUUAGUACCGGCAGCUGGGGCAGCUUUUUGACGUGGCUGGAGCAGCUUUGUUAGCAAAAUUUGAGGCGCGGCUGGCGGCUGACUACGUGACGUCUAAUUAGCUGGCACAGUGCUGUUGGCUGAGACCUCUAGAGUUAAGUGGAGAAUCAAAUAAAAAAAUCAACAAUGCUCAAAUGCCACAAAAUGUACUUUGUCACUCAUUUUGAUAAUAAAAUGCCAUAUUAUUAUAUUUCCAGACAAAUCCUCUUGAUUUGAAACAUCACAAUUAUACACUAUCUUUCAAGACAAUAUAAUAUAUAUGCUUCUUUAAAAGAAGACGCAACAUAUUAUAGUCAAUAUUUGCUCUGCAUUCACUUAAAUUUCAACAGUUUCUUUAAGAACUAUUUUGCUCGCAAUUUCAUUUGAAACAGCCCUGAUCCCCACUUAUGAAAUGUGUUGUACUGUUCUCUUUGAGAUAUAGAUCUGACAUAAUAAUAUGUCUUAAUAUAAAUAUAUACUGUAUUAUGCUUACCUGAAUAUUAAUCUAUACUAAUGAGACCAUGAAAUUGAAUCUGAGAAAAACGUACUAAUAAUGUGUAGAUACGCGAGUGAGAGUGGUUAAAAGAAAAAUAAAGGAAAUAAUAUUUAAUAGCGAGAAAAACAGUCAAGUUAUGGCAAGACAAAGAUAAAACGGAUAAAACAAUAAUAUGAUCCUCGCUUAAUUAUUCCAUUUUCUUCACGUUUCGCUUAAAAUUGAAGCAUUCAAAAUAUAUAAUAUUAUAAGAGGUUAUUUAUAUUUUGUUUAACCAAAUAUUUUUUUACAUAUUUUUCUUCUGGUGCGAUGAGCAUCAUCUGAUUAAAUAAUUUAUUUAAAAUAUAUUCCAAUAAUUGUUAAAACAUAAA